ACCGGAAGUAAUACUUGCAUCAGGAACGAAAAUAAGGAAAUUACUUCCUGUAUCUUAGCAGAAUUUGACUAGUUUACUGCUUUUUCCUAAAACAUUAGGAGCGAUGUAGCCAGCAACUUUCUCCUUUAUGAGAAGGAUUCCGGUGUGGUGAAAGACAUACCCGCAGACCCCAGCCGACGGCCUUUGCAGCCAGUAAUACUGGAGGCGCGUCCCACAGCCAUGCCUGAGCACACCGAUACCAGCCUGCCCCCAGAGGAGCGGGUACGUGCCCUCACUAAGAAGGGCAGCGUCGUGGACGUGAACGAUGACGUGCCGCCUCGCCGCUACUUCCGAUCGGGCAUGGAGAUGAUCCGGAUGGCCAGUGUUUACACAGAGGAGGGCAACACGGAACAUGCCUUUGUACUCUACAACAAGUACAUUACGCUCUUCAUUGAGAAGCUUCCUAAACAUCGAGAUUAUAAAACGGCCAACAUUCCAGAGAGGAAAGAGACUAUUAGGAAACUUAAGGAGAUAGCCUUUCCACAGGCUGAACAGCUGAAGAAGGGACUUUUAAAGCAAUACGAGAAGGAAUAUGCUGAAUAUUUGCUUAAAAAGGAAGCAGAAGAGGUGGCCCUGGAGCGUGAGAACUGCAGGCGGCGGGAGCUGGAGGCGGAGCGGAAGCGCGUGGCCGAGAUGCAGCAGCGUCAGCGCGAGCAGGAGCAGUUCACCGCCUUCGAGGAGAUGAUCCGCCGGCAGGAGCUGGAGAAGGAGCGCUUGCGUAUCAUGCAGGAGUUCAGCUCCCCCAGCGCUCCCCCGUUCGACGGCCCCCUCCUGCCCGGCGUCCUGGGACCCCCUCAGCCCUUCAUCUCCAGCCCAACCCAGAGCCCUGGGGGCACCCCAGCCAACACGAGUCCCUCUGUCCCCCAAACACUGCCCCCUGCCUUCGACCGCGCCCUCAAGCCGGCAGCUCUGGUCAGCCCAGGGAACAGUGUCAUGGUGGAUGGUCUGAGGCAGCUGUCUGUGCCUUCGGAGCUCUGUCACAGAUUCCUGAAGCUGGCGGAUGCCAAUACGUCGCGGGGCGUGGAGACCUGUGGCAUCCUGUGUGGCAGGCUGACGCAGAACGCCUUCACUGUGACCCAUGUGAUUGUGCCCAAGCAGUGUGGGGGACCUGACUACUGCGACACCGAGAAUGAGGAGGAGCUCUUUCUGAUCCAGGAUCAGUAUGACCUCAUCACCUUGGGUUGGAUCCAUACACAUCCCACCCAGACGGCAUUCCUGUCUAGCGUAGACCUGCACACCCACUGCUCCUACCAGAUUAUGCUGCCAGAAUCCAUCGCCAUCGUGUGCUCCCCCAAGUUCAAUGAGACGGGAUACUUCAGGCUGACUGAUUAUGGGAUGGAUGAGAUCUCAUCCUGUAAACAGAAGGGCUUCCACCCACACCCUAAGGAACCUCCACUAUUUUCUGCUGGAGGCCACAUCACCAUUACAGACAGCAAAGUGACUGUGCUGGACCUGCGGUGAUGCCCUCCUGUGCUUCUCUCUGAAGAGUUUGCCUUCUCUCCGUUUAGACCCAUCAAUGACAGCGAUGUUGUCUUCCUUUUCCAAACAACCCAGCUUUAUUUCCCCUGCUUUAGCAGUCUUGGCCAAGUAUUUAUAUCUUGCUGUGGGAGCUUCAGCUCAGACCCGGACUUUCUGAAUAGACUCCAGUCCUGGUAUUAACACACAUUGCCUUUUAUUGUUGUCUCAGAUGUAUGCAGUAAACAUUCUCACAAGAUCCACAGAAUGUGACUUAAAGUGAUUGCACUUAAUUUUCCAUUAUUUCACUCUCUGGUUUUGUCUCGCCUCUCAGUGAUGAAUUUGUAAGCAUUUCUGAAUCUUUCUUCCCUGUCAGAUUUGGCUUUAGCGGCAGACAUUCUCUCCUUGAGGGAAGUACAUGUCCUUACUAUAUUUUCCACAUUUAGAGAUGUCCUUGAGACUGUUGCGCUUUCUGGUACUCUAACUGAAAGUUGACAAGAAACACUUUGUAAGCUACAUUUUUGACAUGGCAUAUAUGCAAAUAGAUACAGUAAAGAUCCAUUUUUAGAUACUGCUCACAUUACAAAGGAAACAUUAAGUGUUCUUAGACUCAAGCGAGUUGUAUGUUGUGUACAAUUCUGUUAUGACAUCAUCCUAUGGUUUUUGAUGUGGCACAUUCAGAUUCUAAUGAUUAAUGUAGUCUUAGUGCCUGCAUUGCCAGGACUGCUAAUGAUGUCAAACUGGAAAAAGAAACAGCAGCUUUGUACAAUA